AUGAUUCGAUUCUUCGAGCCAGAGCUUGAUCGUUGCUGGUCGGUUUCUGCUCCAUCGGAUCAGUAUCGGUGCUCAAGAACAAUGGAUGGUUUGCACGCAUUUCCUGUAGAAUUAAUUAUGCAAAUCUACGUUAAUUUCGCAAAUAAAGAAAGGUCUAAGGUGCUUUCUGUAAAACUGUUUACCGUGUCAGGGAACAGCACUGAAUCUCGAACGAGGAGUUCUAGCGUCGCUUCAGAGCCGGAGAGGCUAAAUAGCUUCCAUGCAAAAAACAUCCUCAAUGACGCAUCCCAAGAUUGCAAGAGUUUCCAUUUUGAAUCGAGUUCUCCAGGACGAACAUUUUUUAGUGUGAACCCUGCGGAAUUGAGAGCAUCUGGAUUCGCUUGCCAUCAAGAUCAAGCAAUCUUCGAGACAAAGAAGCAAAGAAAACGCUCAACCAUCGAUCAUCAAAGAGAACGCAAGAGAUUUAAGUUUGAACACGACAACAAACAACAAGAUUUGCGCAUGGCUCCUACAAUGAAAGCAUCUACUUUGAAGAAGAGCCAGAAGCUAGGGGAUAAAAUCACGGCUCUACAGCAGCUAGUGUCGCCAUUUGGCAAGACUGAUACGGCAUCGGUGCUACAAGAGGCUUGUGCGCAAAUCAAAGUUCUUCACGAACAGAUUCGGGUGUUAAGCUCUCGUUACUUUGGAGCUAAAGCUUCUUAUCGCUCUCAGGAUAAUAUUGCAGAAGAGAAGUUUGAUCUGAAGAGAAAAGAUCUAUGUUUAGUUUCGAUGUCGUCCAUCAUGAAACUCUCUGAUCAAGAAACAAAUCAUUGAAUCUUAACAAAGAACAUCAAUAAAAGGGGACAGAGAGAGACGGGUGGCCGGUAUUAUUCCUAAUUCAGAUCAGAGUUUGAAUUGAGCAUUAUUUUCUUUUCUAAAUUUAAUGUAUUACCAAUUACGACAUCUUCCAUAAUUUCCUUAUGCGUGAUAUAUUAAGAAGCG